CUAUGAUAUGUACGGUAUAGAAAUACUACAGAAUAUAUUAUUAAUCCACAGCUACACAUUGGGAGUGAUUGGCUCACAUACCGAGAUGGAAACCUAAUAAUCAAAAUGGAAGAUUGGCAGAAAUGGACACGGCGGAACCAUAAUGCUCAUGCUAAUAAAAAACCGCCACAAUUCCUAUUCUUCCCAAAUAGAACAGCAGGUCAAACCUACUUCAUCACUAUCGUUACCGGGAUUGCUAUAAUGUCACUGUCCUAUGGGCUUUUAAAAACCGCUGAAGGAAGUCAGGAUAAGUUAGCUCGGUCUCUGCAGGCGACUACGCGGAUACGUACCUGCGAUAUCAACAACGAAUAUGAAGCCAUAUUCCGCCAACGCGAGGAGCAGAAUAGACUACAACGACAACGGAAGUAUAUCUACGGUAACAAGAAGCCAGCAGUGGCAGUCAUGAUAUCUGACCCAGAGCUACGAAAUAACGAGCGAAGCGGACACCUGGACGGUAGUAUCCCAACCAAGUGAAUGGCACUGAUAGCACUAUU